AUGGGUACGCAAAAACCUGGAGAAUGGGCGAAUUCACUAAUAGCACGAUUUGAAGAGCAGCUUCCUUACAAAACUGGCGCACAGAAUCUGCAUUCACGCAUCAAUGAGGAACAAUGUAAAGCAUGUCUGGUGCAGAUCAGUCGACACCGAUUUUCGCUCGUCAUUGCUGGACUCACAAAAAUUUUACAACGCGUGAAUGAAUUGUACCAGCCAACCAUCUCAUCAUGUCUGAACCGGACCCAAACAGACUUAGAAAAAGGCUACCAUGAUAGCCUCGUCAUUGUGUUGGACACCCUUGAGAUCUGUCUUAGCUCACAACCUAAGGAUACCACUAAAUAUGAUGAGGCGAUGAAUGUCAAGAUACUUCUGAGGGAGGUCUGCCAGUUUAUAGACAUGCGCAACGAGAGCAACGUGAGCAACACGUUACUGAGACAACUAGCCAGUAAAGUACUUUUCGCAUUAAGCCUCAACUUCUUCAAUGCGGUCUUCAACAGGAUAAGCGCACGAUUACAGGAACUAGCAUCUAGCUCAGAAGAAAACCCCGAUUAUACAGAUAUAGAAUUAAUACAACAUAUAAAUGUGGAUAUAUUAAGGCUUAUACGGCUGCUAACAGAAUCUAUACAGAAGUUUAAGUUGUUAAGGAAGUCAGCGCACAUAGUGUUAGUUACCUCAUUAGAAAAAGCCAUUUGGAACUGGAUGGAUACCUACCCACAGGAGUUUGCGGAAGUGCAGUGCCGGCCUAACGACGAGCUGAGCAAAUGCUGCGACACGCUGUUCGACACGCUGCAGGACUGCUUCUCCGACAACAAGAAGUCGCGCGUGGCAAUGUGGCCGCUCCAAAUCAUGCUUUUGGUUUUAAACCCUAAAGUACUAGAAGAAAUAGUAAAUGCAGAUAGUGGUGCCCCGUGCAGCCCUCGGCACACAAAGAAAAAACACUUUAUUGAUUCUGUUAAAAGAGGACUUAGUCCGCAGAAUAACUCAAAGCAGAUGAUUGAGGCAGCAGUUGUCACAUGCGUCAAGCUAUGUAAGGCAUCAACAUAUCUGAAUAUUGCGGACUCGGGGAAUGUUACAUUUGUCCUUGUGAAGUCCGUUAUUAACGAUCUCAAGUCCUUGCUGUUCAAUCCUUCAAAAUCAUAUAUACGUGGGAAUCUGAUAUCCGGAUACUCGGAACUGGAUCUGAUGACUGAUUGUUUUGUGUCGUUGUUCCGAAUAAUGCCGCACAAUAACGACGCACUUAAAGUUUGUCUCAAUCUAAACACGCAUAUAUCAUAUCAUUACGUCAUCGUCAACUCGUUACUAAGAAUAAUAAAACAACCGAGGUUACCGUGGUGGCCGCAAAUUGAAUUGCUAUAUCCGAGAGCUGCUGAACUGAGGGCCAUGUUCACCGACACUCUGAAUAAAGCAACACAGGGGUAUAUAGUGCACACGCCUCUUCGCAUGAUAUCACUGUCGCUGAAAUCCAAGGAGGUUCAAUCGAAAUUCAACAAAUCUGAAGAGAUGCCCGCAUACAGAAACCUGUUGCUCUGCUUUGUGAAGUUAAUACACGCUGACCCGAUGCUUAUGCUUAGUAAUCCAGGUCGUUCCGGUGUUGAAAUCCAAUCAUCGACAACAGAGCUUAUAAACGGCCUGGUGUCUUUAGUACAUCACACCGGUAUGGGUGAAAUUUCACAAGAAGCCAUGGACGCAUUGUUGGCCCUUCACAGACCGGAUAGAGUACACAUGUGGAAUCCGGAAGCACCUCUUAACACCUUUUGGGAUAUAAGUUCUCAAGUGCUAUACAACAUAAGUCAAAAGCUAAUCCAGCGUCAGAUCGGCAACUACCGUGAGGUGCUGCGGUGGUUGCGUGACGUGCUGACUUGCCGCAACGAGUUCCUCGCCAAGCACAAGGACUAUGCCAAUGUCGGCUCGCAGAUACCCAUCUGUAAACAAGCGCAUAUAAAACUAGAGGUGGUGUUCUUCAUGUGCCUGUGGUCGAUCGACACGGACGUGGUGCUGGUAGCGAUGUCGUGCUUCGCGCUGCUGUGCCAGGAGGCGGACAUCCGCUGCGGCUCCGACGAGAUCAGCACGCAGUGCCUGCUGCCAAACUACGCGGUCUUUCAGGAGAUCGCACACACCUCCACAGUACUCACCACAGGACUUAUUGCGUUUUUCAAGCAGCCAGUCAGGAUAUGGGAAGAGGCUGCUAUUAUAAAAAUAUACACAGUUCCGCCGCUUUGCAGAAGCGCAUAA